UGUCUUAACAUUGUUCAAUAAUUUGUUCUCUUUAUUAUUUUAUAUAUAUUUAGUCAAGAAUGCCACAAAAAUAACUGAACUGAGCUGCGCUGCGGGUUGGGCAGGACGGACGGACAGACAUACAGACAGGGUUGGGUUAAGCUGCGCUCUUUUCUGCAAUCUCCGGUGCGAUGCCGAUGCUGUCCUGUCCACUGAAGCUGCCCGCUUAUCGACUUCCUGUAAUUUCCACUCCAAGGUGCAUUAUCCCAAACUUGGCAUAUGCGAUCGAGCAUCCGUCCCCUGGCCUGUCAUUUGGAAACAAAAUCUCUCCCUCUCCCUCUCCCUCUGUUAGCCUUCUCCUUUUCGGUUCCUUUGUGCCGCAAUACUCUUGCCAAGCAAUGCACAAGGAUAAUAAGGAUGUUCAUCCAAAGUCGAUCAAUCACGGCGUAGUGGAAUCUUGCAAAGGACGACUCCAAUCUCAUUCAUCAACGGAAUGUGCCGACUCCCAAGAGGAUGAGCAAAUUGGGAGAAAGAGAAAAAGCUGCCAUGGAAACAAAGGGCGAGUGCCGUGGAACAAGGGGCGAAAACACACUGAAGAGACUCGCAUGAGAAUCAGACAACGAACAAAGGAAGCUCUGAAUGACCCCCAGGUGAGAAAGAAGAUGUCUGAAGCCCCCCGCAUCCUCAGCGACCAGACAAGAGUGAAAAUUCGUGCAUCGCUCACCAGGCUAUGGGAUAAACGUCUAAGACAGAAAAGAGCACCAAAGAAAUUCUUACAGUCGUGGGCGGAGGCCAUUGCUGAAGCUGCUAAGGUAGGCGGGCCGGAACAGACAGAGCUGGAAUGGGACAGCUACAUCAAACUUAAACAAGAGAUGGCCCGCAUACAGAUUUGUCGGGCUGCAGAAAGAGCAGAGGCGAAAGAGGCAGCACGCGCCCGGGCAGAGAGAGCAGCACAGCUGAGAGCCGAGAGGACGGCCUGGAAAAGAAGACAGCAGGAAGAAAAGGAGGAAGCUGCAUCAGUACCCAAGAGGAAGAGGAAGUCGAAAGAAGAGAAAGAAAAGCUGGCAGAGUUUCAAGAGUUGAAGCUCAAGGAGAGACUAAUGAAGAUUCGCAGGAAGAAAUCAAGAAUCAAUCGAGUCAGCAAUGUGCAAAGACGCUGGGAGAAGUUCGACCUGGGAGAAUUCCCUGUGGAAGUCCAACAACAAAGGGGCGCUCGGCAAGCUUCGACUUCGACUUGGACAUGGCAAAGUCGUCCUCAGUUAUCCUUGUGGAUGAAAAUGAAAGGCUAGGACUAGGACAGGACAGCUCAUGGCUAUAUUCUGUAAUUAAGAAAUACUCAAAACACAUUAUGUGUCCGUGUGUGUGUACGUACAUUCAAAUUCGAUGCCUCUACCAAAAACUAACAUGAACACGCGCAUAGAUUCUGCUCGCUGACUAACUACUACUUAAUUACCAAUCUUAUUUGCUCAAUUCAUUCAGUUCA